AUGUCAACCACAGACAAUCGCAGAUUAGAGGGUUACGAUAAACUUGCCACACUAUUCGCCUCUGAUUCAGGGCUAGCAUGUUUCAGGCGGUUUGAUAAACUGAAUGCGAAGAAUCUUCUAUACUAUCAAGCAGAAUUGGCCAUCAUAGAGGAAGACCUGGAAACUAUCAUUCAAUCUGAUAAGUGCCACUCAUAUGAGGAAAAGAAGUUCUAUCCUUGCUGCGUGCGCGAUCUGAAGGAUUCAUUGAGAGGCGAAAAAGGGGUUGACAGUUUACAAUGGCGAAAGUUCCUUGAGGCGCGAGAACUGCUGAAGGAGUACAACAACGCAUUGAUCCAACAUCGGGAAUUAAUCCACUUCAGUGCUCCUGAUGAAACUGAUUACAAGGUUUUCGAGCAGUGGAUGAUGACCCAGGAAUUAUGCCAGGGUGUCCGCUUUGCCAGCAAAGCAGAGAUGAAUGUCUACCACAAAGGCAACAAGAACGACCUGAUUGCGCUUUGCAACAGGCAGGAGGGCGUAGACAACCUUACCAGGUGGAUAUUUGAUCGACCCAUAGCGUGGUUUCAGGGACGUUUGGGGGCGCAUUUUGAGGGUGUAGAGGAUACUGAACUUGGAACUGUGCGGUAUAACGAUCGAAGGAUAAGAGCGGUUACCUACGUCGUCAGCAUCUUUGCUGCUGUUAUACUGCCCGUGUCAUGCCUAUUAGUGAAGGCUCGCCGGGUCGAGAUAUUUGCCGCUGUUACUGCGUUUGCUGCCGUGCAAGUUGCCCUGAUUACCAGUUCCGGAAAGUGUUGA